AUGACACCCAAAGGACUUGCCUUUGGUCUGCUGCUUUUGCUACUCGUCGUGAAUUAUCACGUUCAGGUGGCACAAGCAGCCGUUGCAUGUGGCACUGGCGCCGUGUGCACUUGCUCGGGAACUACUGUCAACUGCAACGGCAAAUAUCUCACAACCAUUCCAACCGGAAUCCCUGUCACUACAACCAUCCUGUAUUUGCAGAACAAUCAGAUCACCAGCAUUUCUGCAAACGCGUUCUCAAGUCUGACUUUGUUGACUUACUUGUCUCUAUCGAGCAACCCGAUCACCAAUAUUGCCUCGUCUGCAUUCUCAGGCCUGUCUGUGCUGAACACCUUGGAUUUGACCAACAAUCAGAUCACCACCGUUCCUGCUAACGCAUUCUCAGGUCUUUCUAAGCUGAAUACCUUGUACCUGUACAACAACUGGUUGAGUGCCAUCCCCUCUUCGGCAUUCACAGGCCUGACUGCGCUGACACAAUUGCUACUGCAUAACAACCAGAUCACCACCGUUCCCUCUUCUGCAUUCACCGGCCUGACUGCGCUGCAACUCUUGUAUCUGUACAACAACCAAAUCGCCACCGUUGCUAUAGACGCAUUUUCAGGCCUUACCGCGCUGGUCCAAUUGUAUCUGUACAACAAUCAGAUCACUAGUAUCUCGGCAAACGCAUUUUCAGGUCUUUCUAAGCUGAAUACCUUGCAGCUGAACAACAACUGGUUGAGCGCUAUUCCCUCCUCUGCAUUCACAGGCCUGACUGCGCUGACACAAUUGCUACUGUAUAACAACCAGAUCACCACCGUUCCCUCUUCUGCAUUCACCGGCCUGACUGCGCUGCAAUUCUUGUAUCUGUACAACAACCAAAUCGCCACUGUUGCUAUAAACGCAUUUUCAGGCCUUACCGCGCUGGUCCAAUUGCGUCUGGACACCAACCAGAUCACCACCGUUCCUGCUAACGCAUUCUCAGGCCUUUCUAAGCUGAAUACCUUGCACCUGUACAACAACUGGUUGAGCGCUAUUCCCUCCUCUGCAUUCACAGGCCUGACUGCGCUGACACAAUUGCGUCUGGACACCAACCAGAUCACCACCGUUCCUGCUAACGCAUUCUCAGGCCUGACUGCGCUGAUUUACUUGUAUCUGUACAACAACCAGAUCACCACCGUUCCUGCUAACGCAUUUUCAGGCCUUACCGCGCUGGUCCAAUUGUAUCUCUACAACAACCAGAUCACCACCAUUCCUUCCUCUGCACUCACAGGCCUGAGCGCGUUGACGCAAUUGUAUCUGUACAACAACCAGAUUACCAGCGUUCCUGCAAACGGAUUUUCUGGCCUUACGGCGCUGACGGACCUACGUCUGUUCAACAAUACGAUCACCAGCAUUCUUGCAAACGCAUUCACCGGCCUUACCAAGCUGACUUACCUGGAUCUAUCCCUCAACCAGCUCACCAGCAUUCCAGCAGGCGCAUUCUCAGGCCUGACUGCACUGACGCAAUUGCUACUGUACAACAACUGGUUGAGCGCCGUUCCUUCUUCGGCGUUCACAGGCCUUACUGCGUUGCUUUAUCUGUAUCUGUACAACAACCAGAUCACCACCGUUGCUGCAAAUGCAUUCACAGGCCUCACCGCGCUGGUCCAAUUGCAGCUGUAUGGCAACCAGAUCACCACUAUUUCUGCAAGCGCGUUUGCAGGCAUGAGUUCGCUGGUACAAUUGUAUCUAUACAGCAACCGGAUCACCGCCAUUUUCGUAAACGCAUUCACAGGCCUUACUCAUCUGAGUCUCUUGGAACUUUCCAACAACCAGAUCACCAGCCUUCCUGCAAAUGCAUUUUCAGGCCUGACUGCGAUGACACAAUUAAGUCUCUACAACAACUCGCUCAGCGCCGUUCCCUCGUCUGCAUUCACAGGGCUUACAGCGCUACAGGCCUUGUUGCUGUACAACAACCAGAUCACCUCCGUUGCUGCCAAUGCAUUCACAGGCCUCACCGCGCUGGUCCUAUUGCAUCUGUAUCGCAACCAGAUUACCACCAUACCUGCAAGCGCAUUUGCAGGCUUGAGCGCGCUGGUACAAUUGUAUCUAAACAGCAACCGGAUCACCACCAUUUUCGCAAACGCAUUUCCGAGCCUUACAAAGCUGACGUACUUGGAUAUUUCCAACAAUCAGAUCACCAGUCUUCCUGCAAAUGCAUUCACAGGCCUGACUGCGAUGACACAAUUACAUCUCUACAACAACUUGUUCAGCACCGUUCCCUCGUCUGCAUUCACAGGGCUUACAGCGCUACAAAUCUUGUCUCUGUUCAACAACCAGAUCAGCUCCGUUGCUGCCAAUGCAUUCACAAGUCUCACCGCGCUGGUCCAAUUGCAACUGUACGGCAACCAGAUCACCACCAUACCUGCAAGCGCAUUUUCGGGCCUUUCUAAACUGAGUCUCUUGCAGCUGAACAACAACUGGUUGAGCGCCAUCCCCACUUCGGCAUUCACAGGCCUGACUGCGCUGACACAAUUGCAACUGUCUCUGUACGGCAACCAGAUUACCACCAUUUCUGCAAGCGCAUUUGCAGGGUUGACUGCGCUGCAAGCCUUGUAUCUGAACGACAACACGAUUACAACCAUUGCCGCAAAUGCAUUUGCUGGCCUUACCGCGUUAAAUUGGCUGGAUUUGUCCGACAGCCAGAUCACCAGCAUUCCCGCAAAUGUAUUCUCAAGCCUUCCUGCACUAGCGCAAUUGAAUCUGUACAACAACUGGUUGAGCGCCGUUCCCACUUCUGCCUUCACAGGCCUGACUGCGCUGACACAAUUGACUAUGUACGGCAAUCGAAUCACCACCAUAUCCGCCAACGCAUUCACAGGCCUUAACGCGCUGGCACAAUUAUUUUUGCAGAGCAAUCAGAUCACAACCAUUUCAGCAUCCGCAUUCACGGGCCUGACUGCACUGAAGCAAUUGUAUCUGUACGGCAACCAGAUCACCACCAUAUCUGCAAACGCAUUUGCAGGUCUCACUUUGCUGACUACUUUGACGUUGAAUGACAAUCCUGCCACCACUUUGCCGCCUGGUCUGUUCAAGGGCUUGCAGAAUGGCAUGGUUUUGUCGCUGCCUUCUUCGCAAUCUCUGAGCCCCAACAAUUUUACAUUUGGUGGAAACACUGUCGCUCCGCCGAGCACAUACGGGAAUGCGUCCUAUCCUUACCCUUGUGCCACCUGCUAUGCCGCUGGGUCUGGCGCGUGUUGCGCGACCAAUUGCCUGACCUGCACUUCGUCCGCUGUCUGCACUCAGUGCUAUGACGGUUAUGGUAUGAUGAGCGGAUCCUGUGUCCCAUUGGCUGUCAUCGCCUCGGCCGCUUCCGCCGCGUCUACGCAAUUCGCCUCGGUUGCCUCGGUUGCAUCGAUCGCCUCUGCCUCAGUCACUUCUGCUGCUCGCAUCAGCGCUCGAUGCUACUGCUAUGACGGUUAUGGUAUGAUGAGCGGAUCCUGCGUCCCACUGGCUGUCAUCGCCUCGGCCGCUUCCGCCGCGUCUACGUCCUUUGCUACCCUCGCGACCGCGUCUUCUGCUUCUAUUGCAUCCACUGCAAGCGCAUCAUUGGCAUCGGUUGUUUCCGCAGCCUCGGCUACCUCGGCAUCCUUUGCUUCUAUCGUGACAGCAUCUUCAGCGUCAAUUGCAUCUGUUGCGAGCGCGUCCUCCGCAUCUAUUGCUUCCGAUGUUUCCGCUACCUCGGCGCUCUCGGCUUCUGUUGCGUCAACCGCAUCGGCUUCUGCUGCAUCUGUCGCAUCCUCCAUUGCGCAGCUCCGCGGCAGCUCCCAAUCCUCAUCUCCAGUGGCUGCCAUCGCUGCUGCAGUUGCGUCUGUUGCCGUUGUUGCGAUACUUGUCGCCGUUUUCUUUGUGCUGCGCCGUCGUCGAUCGCAACGCCGUUCUUCAGGCAUGCGACCAAUGGACUCUGCAAAGGACUCCGCCGGUGGUCCGAUCUACCAGGAGGCGGUUGAGAUGACCAUCUCCCCUCUUCCCCGUGUGACUCAAUCUCACAAAGAGGACGACAGCUCGGUUUACGACGUGGUCGGCCAAAAGCAGCCAGAAUCCCUGUACCAAGCCAUCGCGACUGAUGCGGUCUACGACGAUGCUAGCGUCUACGCCUCCGGCAGCAACUCUCGACGCAUUCGUGAUGGCUUGACGAUUGUAAAGCACCUUGCCAGCGGGAACUUUGGCGACGUGGCACUGGGUCAGGUGCCUUUCAACGUGUUGCCCCCAAGAGCGCAAACCUUGCUCGGACCGACGUCGUCCAAAACUGUGCAAGUGGCAGUCAAGUCGCUCAAGUCCAACGCAGACGAGAAAUCCCGCAAGGACUUUGAAGGCGAGGCGAAGUUGAUGGCCCCGUUCGUGCAUCUGAAUGUCGUGCGGUUGCUUGCGGCUCUGGUCGAGUCCGAGCCCCACCUCGUUCUACUCGAAUUUGUGCAGUACGGCGACUUGCGUACACUGCUGCAAAAGUCCCAGGUUCACUCGCUUUGGUGGACACAGAACGAGCAGAUCCAUGCCAUUCGCCAGAUUGCACUCGGCAUGGAGUAUCUGGGCACGCUCCACUUUGUGCACCGUGAUCUCGCCGCGCGCAACUGCCUUGUUGGCAAAGGGAUGGUGGUCAAGAUUGCCGAUUUCGGGCUUUCUCGCGAGAUGGCCUCCGAGAACGAUUACUAUCGCAUCCAGACGCGUGGCAAGCUUCCCGUGAAGUGGAUGGCACCGGAAACGCUGACUUUCCGAAAGUUCUCGUCCAUGUCCGAUGUGUGGUCGUUUGGCGUCACAGCCUGGGAAUGCUCCAGUUACGGUGCAAAACCGUACGGCGACAUGGACGGACGCGAGACUCUGGCUCAUGUCGAAGCUGGUGGUCGACUGCCGAUGCCACAGACCUGCAUGCCCGAGCUCUACAAUGUGAUGAUGAGCUGCUGGGACCUUUCGCCCGAGAACCGUCCGACCUUUGCUCAGCUUGUCCGAACUUUGGCAGCGCUCCAAGAUGGGACGACCGUUCGUGAAAUCGGUGCCAUGCUGUGA